AUGGCCUCUGCGACAGGUCCGUCUCAGCUGCAGCCGUCAGAUCCAUUACCCCGGCGUGCAGCAUACGGAACUACGAUUGCUCUUAUGGGCGGUCAUCGAGUUCCAAGAUAUCAGUGGUUUCAGCGAAUUCGUCACCAGAGACGAAUGGGGUUUGCCGACCAGGGACUUCUGACGCUGUUGUUUGGGAGUUUGAUGAGAUGUCUGUCAUCCUGGCUGACUUCACCAACUACUCACUAG